GUGCGCCUCGCCUCUGUUCUCCGAAACAACUCUGUCAAACGUCAGAGAACAGCUGAGAGCUUAACGUUUCAAAAGUCUGGCGGUUUCAAAAGUCACCUCUCCCUGCUCAGAGGAAACGGAACGGUGCGCUUCUACAACGUGAACAACUUUUAAAGUGGGAAAUACAGCACUGCAACACACUGCAACAGCGUGGAAGGCAUUUGUCAUAGAUGUCCACUCACUUGGAAAGAGGCCUACAGAUAGAGAAGACCAAACUUAAUGCGCUGAAACUCGAAUUGGAUGAGGAGAUUGAUGUGGAGAGUCUUGACGGAUGCCUGCCUGAGGUGCGGCACGGCGGCGCGGAGAAAGGAGCGAAGGUGGCCGCGGAGCAGACGGCGAUGCAGCGCAAAAUGACCCGCAGCCCCAAAUGCGCCCGCUGUCGGAACCACGGCGUCGUGUCUUGUCUCAAAGGCCACAAGCGCUUCUGUCGCUGGCGUGACUGCCAGUGCGCGAACUGUAUGCUCGUGGUGGAGCGGCAGCGGGUGAUGGCUGCGCAAGUUGCCCUGCGGAGACAACAGGCGACAGAGGUGAGCCACUCGGCAGGGACAUCCGACUUUUACUGGCGGGAUAGAAUUUAAGAAAGAUCAUUAUUAUAUAAUGUAGGACAAAAUGCUGUAUGUAAAUGUUUUGUAACUUGUGUAGGUCUAUUGGAUGACGAUGUAAUUACAUAUUGAAUACAGGUCAGGUAAGACUAUUCCUGUGAGCAAGGCCAGCCCUAAGCGAAAUUUGGUUGAAAAUGCUGAAAUGGGCUAAUUGAGUGACUGUCAGUGACUGACAUAACAAGAGGAAAACUGCUGAUGAACAACCAAAUUUUGAAAUUGCACCUUGUGUAUUCUACUGUUCUAACUCUCAACAGUAAGUUGAGACCCCGAUUGAGUUCCUAAAACAAUAUAUAUAUCGGGCCGGCCUUGCCAGUGCAUCAUGCACUUGUUCCUUUUUGUCUACAUUUGCUCGGAAAGACAAAUGCGGAAAUGGAAACAGUUCAUUGCCAUAUUCCAUAUUCAAUGUAAAAAAAUAUAUAGUUUGAUAUUCUCUUAGAAAGUGUGUAGGAUUAAUAAGCAAAUUAAUAUGCAUUGCUCCUUUCCUUUUGUGAUAAUGAAAACAAAAAACUAUAUUGCUCAGUUUCACAUAAAAACCAUAGGUUGUUUUUGCUUUACAUUUCUGGAUAGGUAAUGUUAUUAACAUUUAAUUUAAUUUAAGUUAUUCCACUCAUAAAACUAAUUUGUUUACACUUAAAAGCAUUUUAUCAUAGGAAUUAUAGGCCUUACACCAGGAAAACUAACAUGUCAUUAUUCUGUAACAAACUUGCCUAAAUACAUUACAUAUUAUAUAGGCUAUGACGGUACACCUACCAUGUACUGUACUUGACUGUAUUUACUGCUCUAGUGUAAUAAGUUAUAUUGCCUUAAUUAAUUUCCCCAUGGGGUUAAUGCAUACAGUGCUUUCAGAAAAUAUUCAAACCCCUUGACUUAUUCCACAUUUUGUUGUGUUACAGCCUGAUUUCAAAAUGGGUAAUACAUAUAUAUAUAUAUAUAUAUAUAUAUAUAUAUAUAUAUAUAUAUAAUCUCACCCAUAUACAGACAAUGCCCCAUAAUGACAAAGUGAAAGCAUGUUUUUAGAUUUUUGUGCAAAUGUAUUGAAAUUAAAAUAUAUAAAUAUCUCAUUUACAUAAGUAUUCACACCCCUGAGUCAAUACUUUGUAGAAGCACCUUUGGCGGCGAUUACAGCUUUGAGUCGUCUUGAGUAUGUCUGUAUCAGCUUUGCCCAUCUGGAUUUGGGGAUUUUCUCCCAUUCUCCCUUGCAGAUUUUCCUUAAGCUCUGUUAAGUUAGAUGAGGAGCGGCGGUGACCAGACAUCUUCAAGUAUUUCCACAGAUUUUCAAUGGGAUUCAAGUCAGGGCUUUGUCUGGGCCACUCAAGGACUUUCACAUUCUUGUUCUGAAGCAAUUCCAGCGUUGCUUUGGCUGUAUGCUUGAGGUUAUUGUCCUGUUGGAACAUAAAUCUUUGCCCCAGUCUAAAGUUGUUUGCAGUAUGAAGCAGGUUCCCAUCAAGGAUUUGCCUGUAUUUGGCUCCAUUCAUUGUUCCCUCUAUCCUUACCAGUCUCCAAGUCCCUGCCACUGAAAAGUACCCCCAUAGCAUGAUGCUGCCACCACCAUGCUUCAUGGUAGGGAUGGUGUUAGACAGGUGAUGAGCUGUGCCUGGAUUUCUCCAGACAUAGCGCUUUGCAUUCAGGCCAAAUAGUAGCAUUUUUGUCUCUUCAGACCACAGAAUCUUUUGCCUUAUGAUCUCAGAGUCUUUCACGUGCCUUUUUGCAAACUCCAGGCGUGCUGUCAUGUGCCCUUUUCUCAGGAGUGAAUUCCGUCUGGCCACUCUCCCAUAAAACCCAGAUUGGUGAAGUGCUUUAGAGACUGUUGUCCAUCUGGCAGGUUCUCCUAUCUCAGCCUAGGAACUCUGUAUUUCUGUCAGAGUGGUCAUUGGUGGUCCCUGAGUGGUCCCUGACCAAGGCCCUUCUUGCCCGGUUGCUCAGUUUGGUCGGACGGCCAGCUCUAGGCAGAGUCUGGGUAGCUCCAUAUUUUUUCAAUUUCCCAAUGAUGGAGACUACUGUGGUCUUGGAAAUUGUUAAAUACCCUUCCCCAGAUACUGUAUAUGCCUCAUCACAAUUCGAUCUUGGAGAUCUACGGACAGUUCCUUGGACUUCAUGGUAUAGUUUCUGCUCUGACAUACACUGUCAACUGUGGGACCUUAUAUAGACAGGUUUGUUUCUUUCUAAAUAAUGUCCAAACAACUGAAUUGGCCACUGGUGGAUUCCAAUAAAGUUGCAGUGACAUCUCAAGAAUGAUUAAAGGAAAUGGGAUGCACCUGAGCUCAAUUUGGAGUGUCAUAGCAAAGGGGUGUGAACAAUUAUGUAAAUUAAAUAUGUAUGUAUUUCAUUUGCAAUACAUUGUAAAAAGAUUCUAAAAACAUGUUUUCAUUUUGUCAUUAGGGGGUAUUGUGUGUAGAUGGGUGAGAAAUAUAUUUAAUCUAUUUUAAAUUCAGGCUGUUUCACAACAAAAUGUGGAAUAAGUCAAGGGGUAUGAACACUUUCUGAAGGCACUGUAUGUCAAUAUAUUUUAAUGUAUGUGACUUUUACCCCGUUCCUCUGCAGGGUAAGAAAGGGGUCAGGGGAGCAGCCGCACCGUUCCGUCGCACCGCUUAUCAGCGCUACACCAGAGCACCUAGCAUCUUAGCAAAGAGUAUCCUAGAGGGUAUGUAUCAGUGAUAGACCAGAGCACCUACUGUAGCAACCUAGCUAUCAGUAGCCUAUGCUAUACAGUGCCUUAAGAAAGUAUUCACACCCCUUGACUUUUUCCACAUUUUGUUGUGUUACAAAGUGGGACUAAAAUUGAUUUAAUAGUACUUUUUUUCAACGAUCUACACAAAAUACUCAAAAGUGGACAAAAAUGAUAAACAUUUGUAAAACAUGUAUAGAAAAUAAAACACUACUAUAUCUUCAUUAGAUAAGUAUUCAACCUCCUGGGUUAAUACAUGUUAGAAUCCCCUUUGGCAACGAUUACAGCUGUGAGUCUUUCUGGGUAAGUCUAAGUGCUUUCCACACCUGGAUUUUGUGUGAAAUCCCUGAGUGGUUUCCUUCCUCUCCGGCAACUGAGUUAGGAAGGAUGCCUGUAUUUUUGUAGUGACUGGGUGUAUUAAUACUCCAUCCAAAGUGUAAUUAAUAACUUCAUGCUCAAGUUAUUAACAGCUAAUUUGCUGUGAUUCUGGCUGCAGAGGUCGUGACUGUGUUAGCCGUAGCUAGCUGGCUAGCUAGCAAGCGGGGGAUAAGAACGUUGCCAGCGAGCUUUGCAAUGGAACAUAAAGAAUGAACGACUGGAUCACAUCUGUAAAUAUCAAACUAAUCUAACGAACGACUGGGCAACCAAAAGAUGAGAAAGUAUGAAUUUGCUUAAAAAAAUGAAAAUAUCUACAAAUAAAUUAUAUUUCUACCGGUAAAUGUGUGCUUUCAUAUUGUUUUCUUUGUCAACUGUGGUAUAAAUUACAUUACCUUGAAAAAAUGAACUCCGCAAAGGGACUCGACUCUGCCUCGUUCCGCUGCGUUGUCCAUUAUUUCCAAGGUAAUGUACAGAAUGUCGGCGUUUAUCCCUUACUUAUAUACAAUACAUCACAGAAGACUGAAAUAUAACAACGCCGUUUGACAUAGAAACACCAGAUUUUCGGCUGUAAAUAUUUUUCCUUUUUUAAAAUGAAUUAUGAAAUUAUGAAAAUAUAGAGUGAGUCCAUGCAACUUAUUAUGUGACUUGUUAAGCAAAUUUUUACUCCUGAACUUAUUUAGGCUUGCCAUAACUAAGGGGUUGAAUACUUAUUGGCUUAAGACAUUCAGCUUUUUAAAAAAAAGUAUAAUUUGUAAACAUUAUUGGGUAUUGUGUGUAGGCCAGUGACAAAAAUAAUCUAUUUAAUCAAUUUGAAAUUCAGGCUGUAGCACAUCAAAAUGUGGAAAAAGUUAAGGGGUGUAAAUACUUUAUGAAGGCACUGUAGAUGAGAGGAUAACAGUUCAUUAGCAUCUAGCUCAUUACCCCAUCUCCUGUCUCAGACCAGACAGGGGGCUACAUCACACGGGAUAAGUCAGUAAUUACACUGCCUGUUUCGUCUAUAGGGAUUAGAUCUGUUUGUAUUUUAUUUAUGGUAAUUGAAAUUAUGCAAAUAUGGGGUAUGGAAUUACAAGCUGUGUUUACCAGCGAGCGGUUGGGAGACAAAAUGAUGAGGUCGUGUUACCUCUACUUUCCCAUGAGUACGCACAUGAACAGGUACACACACCAUAGCAAUGUCAUCACAGCUGUGUUUAGAGCACCUACUUUGGCUUUAUGAAUUUCAACUUCAUUCACCUAAAUAAAGUUGGUACAUUAAUGUGUUCAUUGUUUAACUUCCUAUACUGUAGAUUUAAGUUAUUAUAGUUAAACAGAAAGUGUUCUCAGGUCAUCAUUAUACAGCUAAAUGACAUCAGUGUUGUAUAUUUCCCUAUAGGGUACAAACUCCCUGUGGCGGAGGACGGCCCCUGGUCCAAGCGACGUCACUUCCCCUCUGUCAGUGCCAGGAUGAGGAAGAGGAGGGCAUUUGCUGAUAAGGAGCUGGAGAGUGUGAUGCUGGAGAGAGAGCUGAGACAGAGAGAGCUGGAGGACAUAUCAGGUCUCACCCUGCUUCACCACCCGGCCCUGGCAGUGAUGCCCGCCUCCCCCCACCACUGCUGCCCACUCAAGGACCCUGGGGCAUCCGCCUACGCGCCUGUGUACAAAUACAAACCGGGCCCUGUGCUGUAUGAGUGUGACUUCCACUGCUACCAGGAAGAGCUCAAGGCCAGAUCAGCAGAUAGUGGUUAUGAUUAUGGUCAGUUCAUGUCAAAGUGUAACUCUAAUUCUGGGGUUCUGGAACACAUGGAGCGAGCCAGGGAGAGAGCACUGGAGAGCUGGGAGUGUUCCGGGAAAAGGGAGAGCUGUCAAGAGCCGUUACUGCUGCCCUCACUACAACUCCAACAGUGGGGGAGUAGUUAUUCUGAUGGCUCAGCUGAUCUGGACAAGGAUAAGGCCGUGCCAAAAUGGGUCAAAGACGAUCCAACAGUUCCAAUGGCCAUCAUGCCAAAAACAGCCGUCACACACUCUGACUCUCCCUCUGAGCCAAAGCAUGUGUUUCAGGGAGAGGUAGAACCCUACAAACCCAGCAGGUUCCCAGAGCCUCACUUCCUCACACCCAAGGACUGGUCAGCAGGGGGGACUAGGCAUCAUGACAAACCUCAGAUCAACUCAAUGAAACCCACAGUGGUGAGGCGGCCAUUACCGUUCUCAGUGGAGGCAUUGCUGAGGGCCUGAGGAACUCAUGUCCAUAAGUGUAUUUUCUAUAACAACACUGGUUACUGUAAAAUGCAUAACUAGUGAAAUACUGUAUUUAAGAAAAUAUGUGUACCCAAAUCUAUUUCAGUAUUUAGUAAAAAUAAAUGUGCUCAGCAUUUUUCAAAGGAUUGUAAGAUAUUGUAUUUUUAGAGCACAAGAUACAUGUAUACAGUGGGAUCUGAAAUUAUUGACACCCUUGAUAAAGAUGAGCAAUAGUGACUGUUGUAUAAAGUAAAUAAUUAAAAUAC